CUGACCCCAAGCCUUGGUUAUUUAGCGUGGGUAACUUUAGCCGCACACCAAGUACACCAGACCUCCCCUGUCUUUGUUAUAGAGCUGCUUUAAAGAUGGCUUUAUUGUUGUCUGGAACAUCACAUCCGUAGCAGUGAGAGCUAGGGGGCCAACACGAAAUUAAACUCCCGACGUCUCGGGUUUGUCAUCCUUGACUCCGGGAUAGAUAAAGCUGAGUAUCUUCAUUUACUUCUGCAAGCGUCCCUUCCGCUGUUUAUGUGUACAUUAGUGUUAGCGUAUUGUUAAGAUACUCGUUCACUUAAAGCUUCCUUCACAUUUCUGAUUUUCUCUGAAGUUUGGUUGCCUGUCAAUCCUUUUAUUUUGCAGAACAAGAAACCAACAUGUAAUCUGUAGCUCGUCUUAAGUGUUCUGACAUCCGGUGGCCAGAGUUGAGACAUUUAGUCAUGUAAUAAUCCAGUUUCUGUGAACAAGUUAGCGACCCUCUGGAUGGCAAUUGUGCAGAACUUUCCAGUGUUAGAUUCUCCUGACUUUUGGAGAAUUUUAUAGGAAGCAGUUGAAAAACCGAAAUAAGCAUUAGGGCUUUAGGCUCUUGUGUGUAGAGUGCACUGCCUUCCCUGAUUGGACUAUAAGGUAAGAGUCCCUGCACGUGACCGUUAAAAAUUAUUUCCUUGUUACAUUCUCUGGAAGCAUGCCAGUGCGGUCCACUGGGAUGGCUAGGAAUGUCACUUCUGUGAAUGACAUCUGAGUUAUCAUGGAGCAGUCACUGAGGAGUCCUGCUAGAAUAGAAGUCGGCCCCUAACGGCCUGCUGGCCUCUUCUGUUCGCUCAGUCCACACUUAGCACUGGCUACCUACACCUGUACCAGUUUGCUUGAAAGUUAGGGAAAAAAAAAAUUUUGGCAGUGUGCAGCUCUAUUCUAAAGAAUGUCAGACAGGGUUGGUUUUUGUUUUUGUUUUGCCAGUCUGUUUGUUUUUCAGUAGAACUCCCUGGUAGCUGUAAUGUCACAGAAUGGCUUAGGCUAAGAGGGCCUGAAAGGGAGCGGAAAGAGAGCGCGAGUGUGGACGAGUGCGGUGUGGUUUGGUGUGGGUCUGUGACUAACCUGGGACACCUCUGGCAGUUGGGGUUAAUUUUGUGCUUUUCCUUUCAUACGUCACUGAAAAGAUAGGCAAGGUAAGUGGGCAUCUUUUAAUUGCUUGAGGACUUUUAAACUAAAGUAUUUUAAUGAUUUUGCAUUGUAUGUUUAGGCUCAAGGGUCUUUUUUUCCUGAAUCGUGUUUGCCUAAACUAGGACCUUUCUGACAGUAGUAUUUAGACAACAUUAAGAAGAUUUAUUCACACAGGUCAAGAAAAUUCCCUUGUUCUCUCACAAAUAUCGCUGCUGUUUCUUAAAAGUAUUUGUAUUAAUAGAGACUCCAUUGGACUUUAGGAAGUACUAAUUUUUUUUUUUCUUCUGCAUUUCAGUUACAGAAAAACUCAACUCAACUCAAAUGAACAUUAAUGCAUGCUUUCUAAUUGGCUAGUGCUUAACUGUUAGGGGUUUAGUAGCUAAUACAAGCAACCACACAAGAAGAUCUGACUUUGCAGGCAGGUUUUUCUCUGUGUCUCUGACACAGGAAGUGAUGCUUACUGCUGUUUGUUGUUUCUUCCGGUAGGAUAUGCAUGAAGGGUUUAAAGUUCCAUGAUUGAUUUGUUUAAACCAGUAAAUGCCGUUAUCAUUUUAACUCAAAAUUGUGUCACCAAAUACUACAACAGAGAUCGUGGAAACACAUUGAAAUCUUCUCUUUGAGUAUGGCUGCUUUAACUGUAUGUAGCUUUUCUCAAGCAAUCAAGUUUAACAAGUUGACCCAUAAAAUAAUAGGUCAAUUCAGAUAGUGUCAAUUCAGACGUUUUGAGGUGUGGUUUAAAAGGAACGCUUACAUUUUGAUCUCACAGAACUCUUUCAGAUAACCGUUUAACAGACCAUAAGAGAAGCAUGUUAUGUCAUAUAUUAAUUUCAUGUUGGGGAAUUGUAAAAGGACUCUUGAUACCCAAAAUUAAUGAACUUAAGAUCAAUUAUUACUUAGAAGGUAGAGACGCCAUAGCUCCAUGGAAAAUUUUCAGAAAAUGGAGCUGUAAUUGUAUUUUGAGGGUUUUCGCUCUUAGGAAGUGGCCUCGUGUCCACUACCAACAAACCCCAUCACCGCUGCACACAUUUGUAACACCAAGCUGAUGCGAGGAGAAGCUUCCAUAGCUAAGAAAGUUAUACCCACCAGUCAUAGAUUUCUAUUCCAAAAAAGAAAAGCUUCCUGUUUUAUUGUAGUGGAACAUUUCUUCAGUAGUGAGCUUUGGUAUGAAGUGGCUUUGUCUCAGACUCUAGCUGAGGGCAUUUAGUUGUUGGGGCUGGAAGGAUACCUCGACGUGGCCCCGACCAGGGAAACCUGACAAAACAUCACAGAUGCGUCAUUAGUGGCACGUUCCUCCCCUUAACGGUAAUGACAAACAAGAUGAAAAUACAGACCAAUCCAUGGCAAUUUAGGUAAAUUGACCUAUUAAAGGAAAUACAGAUAGUAUGCUACAUGUCACAGAAUGAGAAUGUUGUUUCUGAUAACAGCCUUUUAUAUCUUAAAGAGAUUGAGAGACCAGGAGUUAUCUUGGAUCGACUUUGGGUAGAGAGAAAGGAAGCUGUGCAAGGUAGCUUGGCCUUGUAGCCCCAGUGCUUCCUGAUUUUUCUUUGGCAAGGUAGAGCUAACUAAUGAUGACUUUAAUCCUACUAAUUGCAUCUGGAAUUAGUAUGUACCAUGCUCUGUUCUAAAUGCUGUACGUGAAUUCUGUCAUGCGAUCUAAUUCCCUCAUGUGAUCUUCACAGAAUACUUAGGAGGUAGUUAGCUGUCAUGAAUCCCGUUCUGCAGACCAGGUAACUGAGGUCCACAAAAUAAGUUGUUGUUCCAGGUCACCUACUGAGAACCGGGGCUACCUGAAAAACUCAGCACUCAACUCCAGGGCUCGCAAGGUCAAACUGCCUCCCGUGACGUCGGGAGGGUCACAGAUGGCAGAACCCCUGCUGGUUCUUGCUCUGCCCUGACCUGGAAUUGCUUCUGGGCAGGGCUGACCUGGAAGGCCAGAAGAGGAACCUCUGGCCCCCACUGCUACUCCCACUGGCCUAAACCACUAACAAGUCUGUUAAUAGGAUGUUACCCCACAUCCCCUUGAGUCGGACUGCACCUCUGCAGUCACGGCUGUGUAGGACUAAGGGCUCAGAGCCUCAGACGACUCAUUUGAUGGUCAUAUUCAACCGAGUUUGUGUCGUGAGCUACCUCAGAUGCCCUCUUGAGAGCAGAGAGAGCAGAAACAAGCGACGUUCCAGCAGGCAGGUGAAGCGGAAGCGAUACACGGAAGACUUGGAGUUCAAGAUUUCCGACGAGGAAGCAGAUGAUGCAGACGCUGCUGGGAGAGACUCCCCCUCCAACACCUCGCAGUCAGAGCAGCAGGAAUCUGUUGAUGCAGAAGGUCCAGUGGUAGAAAAAAUCAUGAGCAGUCGUUCAAUAAAAAAACAGAAGGACUCUGGAGAGGAGAUAGAAGUUGAGGAAUUCUACGUGAAAUACAAAAACUUCUCUUAUCUUCAUUGUCAAUGGGCAUCUGUAGAAGAUCUGGAGAAAGAUAAGAGAAUUCAGCAAAAGAUCAAACGAUUUAAGGCAAAGCAGGGCCAGAACAAAUUCCUUUCAGAGAUUGAAGAUGAGCUUUUUAAUCCAGAUUAUGUGGAGGUUGACCGGAUAAUGGACUUUGCACGAAGCACAGAUGAACGGGGAGAGCCUGUGACUCACUACCUGGUGAAGUGGUGUUCCCUGCCUUACGAAGACAGCACGUGGGAACUAAGGCAGGACAUAGAUCAAGCAAAGAUCGAAGAGUUUGAGAAACUAAUGUCCAGGGAGCCAGAAACAGAGCGUGUGGAGCGACCUCCUGCUGAUGACUGGAAGAAAUCGGAGAGUUCCAGGGAGUACAAAAACAAUAACAAACUCAGGGAAUACCAGUUGGAGGGAGUAAACUGGCUACUUUUCAAUUGGUACAACAUGCGAAACUGCAUUUUAGCAGAUGAAAUGGGUUUGGGAAAAACUAUCCAGUCCAUUACAUUUCUCUAUGAGAUAUAUUUGAAAGGAAUCCAUGGCCCUUUUUUAGUAAUUGCCCCAUUGUCCACAAUCCCCAACUGGGAAAGGGAAUUCCGUACCUGGACAGAGUUGAACGUGGUUGUGUAUCAUGGGAGUCAAGCUAGUCGUCGGACCAUUCAGUUGUAUGAAAUGUACUUCAAAGAUCCCCAGGGUCGAGUGAUAAAGGGGUCCUAUAAGUUUCAUGCCAUCAUCACUACAUUUGAGAUGAUUUUGACGGAUUGUCCUGAGCUGCGGAAUAUUCCAUGGCGCUGUGUCGUCAUUGAUGAAGCCCACAGGCUGAAGAAUAGGAACUGCAAGCUUCUGGAGGGGCUCAAGAUGAUGGACUUGGAGCACAAAGUGCUGCUGACGGGGACCCCCCUACAGAACACGGUGGAGGAACUCUUCAGCCUGCUUCAUUUCUUGGAACCGAGUCGUUUCCCUUCAGAAACCACCUUCAUGCAAGAAUUUGGUGAUCUGAAAACAGAAGAGCAGGUGCAAAAACUCCAGGCUAUUCUAAAGCCAAUGAUGUUGAGACGUCUCAAGGAGGAUGUAGAGAAGAACCUGGCCCCCAAAGAAGAAACCAUUAUUGAAGUUGAGCUCACGAACAUUCAGAAGAAAUAUUACCGAGCCAUCCUUGAGAAGAAUUUCACAUUUCUCUCCAAAGGCGGUGGCCAAGCUAACGUACCUAACCUUUUAAACACUAUGAUGGAGCUCCGGAAGUGCUGCAAUCACCCAUACCUUAUUAACGGUGCUGAAGAGAAAAUUUUGGAAGAGUUUAAAGAAACACACAAUGCAGACUCUCCAGAUUUUCAGCUCCAGGCGAUGAUCCAGGCUGCUGGCAAGCUAGUGCUGAUUGACAAACUACUGCCAAAACUGAAGGCUGGUGGCCACAGGGUGCUUAUCUUUUCCCAGAUGGUGCGCUGCUUGGACAUACUGGAAGACUACCUCAUUCAAAGACGGUACCCGUACGAGAGGAUCGACGGCAGAGUGAGAGGCAACCUCCGCCAGGCAGCUAUCGACAGAUUCUCCAAACCCGAUUCUGAUAGGUUUGUUUUCCUCCUGUGUACACGGGCAGGAGGCUUAGGCAUUAAUCUUACUGCUGCUGACACCUGCAUCAUCUUCGAUUCCGACUGGAAUCCCCAAAAUGAUCUCCAGGCUCAGGCUAGAUGUCAUAGAAUAGGACAGAGCAAAUCUGUGAAAAUCUACAGGCUGAUCACAAGAAACUCUUACGAAAGGGAAAUGUUUGACAAGGCUAGUCUGAAGCUCGGCCUGGACAAAGCUGUGCUGCAGUCCAUGAGUGGGAGAGAAAACGCUACCAACGGGGUCCAACAACUUUCCAAGAAAGAAAUAGAGGAUCUUCUGCGAAAGGGGGCCUACGGUGCACUCAUGGAUGAGGAGGACGAAGGGUCUAAGUUCUGCGAAGAAGAUAUUGACCAGAUUCUCCUGCGGCGAACCCACACUAUCACCAUUGAGUCUGAAGGCAAAGGUUCCACGUUUGCUAAGGCCAGUUUUGUUGCAUCUGGAAACAGGACAGACAUUUCCUUGGAUGAUCCAAAUUUCUGGCAAAAGUGGGCUAAGAAGGCUGAAUUGGAUAUUGAUGCCUUAAACGGGAGGAACAACCUGGUUAUUGACACUCCAAGAGUGAGGAAGCAAACCAGGCUGUACAGUGCAGUGAAAGAAGACGAGCUGAUGGAGUUUUCAGACUUGGAAAGUGAUUCCGAAGAGAAGCCUUGCACGAAGCCGCGGCGGCCCCAGGACAGGUCCCAGGGCUACGCGAGGAGUGAGUGCUUUAGAGUUGAGAAGAAUCUGCUCGUCUAUGGCUGGGGACGGUGGACAGACAUCCUUUCGCACGGGCGCUACAAGCGUCAGCUCACUGAGCAAGACGUCGAAACCAUCUGCAGGGCCAUCCUCGUGUACUGCCUCAAUCAUUACAAGGGGGAUGAGAAUAUCAAAAGCUUCAUCUGGGAUUUGAUCACGCCCACGGCGGACGGCCAGACGCGAGCCUUGGUCAACCAUUCUGGUUUAUCGGCCCCGGUGCCCAGGGGAAGGAAAGGAAAGAAGGUGAAAGCCCAGAGCACCCAUCCGGUGGUGCAGGAUGCCGACUGGCUGGCGGGUUGCAACCCGGAUGCCUUGUUCCAGGAGGACAGCUACAAGAAACACCUGAAGCACCACUGCAAUAAGGUCCUGCUGCGUGUCCGCAUGCUGUACUACCUAAGACAAGAAGUUAUAGGAGACCAGGCAGAUAAGAUUUUAGAGGGUGCUGACUCAAGUGAGGCUGAUGUGUGGAUCCCUGAACCCUUCCAUGCGGAAGUCCCCACAGAUUGGUGGGAUAAGGAAGCAGAUAAGUCCCUCCUAAUUGGAGUGUUCAAACACGGCUACGAGAAGUACAAUUCCAUGCGAGCUGACCCCGCACUGUGCUUCCUGGAACGAGUCGGGAUGCCCGAUGCCAAGGCCAUAGCUGCCGAGCAAAGAGGAACAGACAUGCUAGCAGAUGGCGGUGACGGGGGAGAAUUUGAUAGAGAAGAUGAAGACCCGGAAUAUAAACCAACCAGGACUCCAUUCAAGGAUGAAAUAGACGAAUUUGCAAAUUCUCCUCCAGAAGAUAAGGAAGAAUCCAUGGAGAUCCGCUCCACAGGCAAGCACAGCGAGAGUAAUGCUGAGUUAGGCCAACUUUACUGGCCCAACACCUCGACCCUGACCACCCGUCUGCGCCGGCUCAUUACUGCCUAUCAGCGCAGCUAUAAAAGGCAACAAAUGAGGCAAGAGGCUCUAAUGAAGACUGACCGGCGGAGACGGCGGCCUCGGGAGGAAGUGAGAGCACUAGAAGCGGAAAGGGAAGCUAUAAUAUCUGAGAAACGGCAAAAGUGGACAAGAAGAGAAGAGGCUGAUUUUUACCGUGUGGUAUCUACUUUUGGAGUUAUUUUUGACCCCAUGAAACAGCAGUUUGACUGGAACCAAUUUCGAGCCUUUGCCAGACUUGACAAAAAGUCUGACGAGAGUUUGGAGAAAUACUUCAGUUGUUUUGUGGCCAUGUGUAGGCGAGUGUGUCGAAUGCCCACUAAGCCAGAUGAUGAACCACCUGACCUCUCCUCCAUGAUUGAGCCAAUCACAGAAGAGCGUGCCUCUAGAACUCUCUACCGCAUCGAACUGCUGCGGAAAAUACGCGAGCAGGUUCUUCAUCACCCUCAGCUGGGAGAGAGGCUGAAGCUCUGCCAGCCGAGUUUGGAUUUGCCAGAGUGGUGGGAAUGUGGGAGGCAUGACCGGGACUUGCUGGUCGGCGCUGCUAAACACGGGGUCAGCCGGACGGACUAUCACAUCCUCAAUGACCCUGAGUUAUCUUUCUUGGAUGCGCACAAAAACUUUGCCCAGAACCGAGGGGCAGGUAACCUGUCCUCCCUGACUCCACUGGCCGUUGGAUUUGGCCAGACUCCUGCCGUCCUCCCGUCUGCUCAUGCCCAGGAAGAGAAGGCUGCGGGACAAAGCGAGGGCAAAGCGGAGGAGUCUGGCGGCAUGACCACCCAAGAGAAACCCGAGGGGAAGGAGGAGGAAGAAGAGACCGACGGCAGGGAGAAGGACAGUAAGCAGGGCUGUGAGGCCGAGGCGAGCUCUGUGAAAAGUGACCUGAAAGGGAUGGAGGUCGGUGCCGACACAGGGCCCAAGUCUAUUUCGGAAAAAGGUUCUGAAGAGGACGAAGAAGAAAAGCUGGAGGAUGAUGAUAAGUCAGAAGAGUCUUCCCAGCCUGAAGCAGGAGCUGUCUCUAGAGGGAAGAAUUUCGAUGAAGAAAGCAAUGCCUCCAUGAGCACCGCUAGGGAUGAAACCCGAGAUGGGUUCUACAUGGAGGAUGGAGACCCUUCAGUAGCUCAGCUCCUUCACGAAAGAACAUUUGCCUUCUCAUUUUGGCCUAAGGACCGAGUAAUGAUAAACCGAUUAGACAACAUCUGUGAAGCCGUGCUGAAAGGCAAAUGGCCAGUAAAUAGGCGCCAGAUGUUUGAUUUCCAGGGCCUCAUCCCUGGUUACACGCCACCCACCAUGGACAGUCCCCUGCAGAAGAGGAGCUUUGCCGAGCUCUCCAUGGUCGGCCAAGCUAGCAUUAGUGGGAGCGAGGACCUCACGACUUCUCCUCAGUUGUCAAAGGAAGACGCCCUAAACCUCUCUGUCCCUCGCCAGCGGAGGAGGAGGAGGAGAAAAAUUGAAAUUGAGGCCGAGAGAGCGGCCAAGCGGCGAAACCUCAUGGAAAUGGUUGCUCAGCUGAGGGAGUCUCAAGUGGUCUCAGAAAACGGACAAGAAAAAGUUGUAGAUUUAUCAAAGGCCUCAAGAGAGGCAGCAAGCUCUACCUCAAAUUUUUCGUCUCUUACUUCAAAGUUUAUCUUGCCUAACGUCUCGACACCGGUGUCGGAUGCCCUUAAGACUCAAAUGGAGCUGCUCCAGGCAGGCCUGUCACGCACACCCACGAGGCACCUGCUUAACGGCUCCCUGGUGGAUGGAGAGCCUCCCAUGAAGAGGAGGCGGGGAAGGAGGAAAAACGUGGAGGGUCUUGAUCUGCUUUUCAUGAGCCACAAACGGACGUCAUUGAGUGCAGAGGAUGCUGAGGUGACCAAAGCUUUCGAAGAAGACAUAGAGACCCCACCUACAAGAAACAUUCCUUCUCCUGGACAGCUGGACCCAGACACGCGGAUCCCCGUGAUAAAUCUUGAAGACGGGACUAGGCUGGUGGGGGAGGACGCUCCUAAAAAUAAGGACUUAGUUGAAUGGCUGAAGCUGCAUCCUACUUACACUGUUGAUAUGCCAAGUUAUGUACCAAAGAAUGCGGAUGUGCUGUUUUCCUCAUUUCAGAAACCGAAACAGAAACGACAUAGAUGUCGAAACCCUAAUAAAUUGGAUAUAAACACUUUGACAGGAGAAGAAAGGGUGCCUGUUGUCAAUAAACGAAAUGGAAAGAAGAUGGGUGGAGCUAUGGCACCUCCGAUGAAGGACCUGCCCAGGUGGCUGGAAGAGAACCCUGAAUUUGCAGUCGCUCCAGACUGGACUGAGAUAGUGAAGCAGUCUGGUUUUGUUCCCGAGUCGAUGUUUGACCGCCUUCUCACCGGCCCCGUGGUGAGGGGGGAAGGAGCGAGCAGGAGAGGACGAAGGCCCAAGAGCGAGAUCGCCAGGGCGGCCGCGGCGGCCGCGGCGGCCUCCACCUCCGGAAUCAACCCCCUGUUGGUGAACAGCCUGUUUGCCGGGAUGGACCUCACGAGCCUUCAGAACCUCCAGAACCUCCAGUCUCUCCAGCUCGCGGGGCUCAUGGGCUUCCCUCCAGGACUGGCGACGGCGGCCGCCGCCGCCGGAGGCGACGCCAAGAACCCUGCGGCCGUGCUGCCCCUGAUGCUGCCGGGCAUGGCGGGCCUGCCCAACGUGUUCGGACUGGGCGGGCUGCUGAACAACCCGCUCUCCGCUGCUGCUGGCAACGCCGCCGCCGCCGCCGCCGCCGCCGCCGCCGCCGCCGCCGCUGCUGCUCCCGGGCAGGGAGAGCCGGAGGACGGCGCCCCGAAAGCGGAAGAGAAAGGCAACGAGAACGAAGACGAGAACAAAGACUCCGAGAAAAGCACAGAUGCUGUUUCGGCUACUGACUCUGCGAAUGGAUCUGUUGGUGCUGCUACUGCCCCGGCCGGAUUGCCCUCCAACCCGCUCGCCUUCAACCCUUUCCUCCUGUCCACCGUGGCGCCAGGCCUCUUCUACCCGUCCAUGUUUCUACCUCCGGGACUGGGGGGAUUGACACUGCCUGGGUUCCCCGCGUUAGCAGGACUCCAGAACGCCGUGGGCUCCAGCGAAGAGAAGGCCCCCGACAAGGCCGAGGGGGGCGCCUUCCAGGAAGAGGAGAACCUGGACGGCAGCGACGCCGAGGAGAACCCGGAAAAGACCGCGGGGUCCUCCGUCUUCGAAGACGAAGGAGCACAGGGUGAAGAGCUGGACUCGCUCGAUGGGGGGGAUGAACUAGAAAACAACGAAAAUGAUGAAUAACCAGUACCAGUUCCAGUUCAAGUGUUUAAAACUUUUGACAAGUGGUAGUCCUACUGUUUACACUCACAGUUAAUGUUCAUACCUAGUUUUAUAAGCUGUUCUGUAACAUAGUGUAGCAAAAAAGAAAAAGAAAAAAAAAAAAAAGUCCAAGUCAUGUUAUACAGGUGUGUCAAAAGGUAUCUUGGUCAUUAAGUAUUGUGCAGUGCAUUAUUUAUUAUCCCUAGGAGAGAUGAAAUUUGAGAGGUGAUCAUGUCUUUUUAAGGAAACUUACAUAAUGCUCUGCUUCUUCUUUUUUUUUUUUUUUCCUUUUGGUACCAUUGGUAUUAUAAUAAAGAGCAAUUUGUAACUGAGUGGCACUAAUGGAAGGAAGUGCUGCUCAAAGGAAGUAUGAAGUUAUAUAUUUAAUUUUUUAAUUUUAAUUUUUUUGCUGUGAAGGUCAAGAUGAAAUUUACCAUACAUAUCAUACUUGCUCAUUUGUUUCCCUUUUGACUGUACGGGGGUUCCCACACUUGCGCAUCCACACACAUCCAUACACUCUGACAA